AUGCCUUUCAUCGAAGACUGGAUAACGCAUCCGAUGACAAUUAUUAAUCGGUUGCAUGAAAAAUCACCAGAUACAUUUGAAAAUGAUGUACGAAAUUAUUUUCAAACAAAUAUUGAUAAUCCAACUUUUUAUAAAGAAAUUCCAUCAUUGAAUGAUCGAGAUGAUGAACAUCCAUUACCAUCAGGUUGUCUCGUACGUUAUCGAGCUAUGAUACAAGAUAUGGCGGAUGAUGAAAUUUAUUGUACUAACUAUAAAGUUCGUUCGAAUGAUUAUCAACAAACUGAAAUUGAAAAAUCAGCUAAAUAUACAGAUUUAUUCGUAUGUCCACCUGGAUAUAGUGUUGUUGAACAAGAACCACCACGAGAAAAAUUUAGUUCACGUCAAUGUUUCUUAUGUAUUCCAGUUCCAAAUGAAACUCAAUGGGUUAAAGAUGCUUAUCGACAUUAUUUUGGUGAAGAAUUUACAAUGCAUAAGAGAUCUAUUGAUAAUCAUGAUAAUAUUCAAGAAUUGUUAUCACCUAUGAAACGAUUGAAAACAACAACAGAAACAAAUAAUGAUAACAGUGAUACAACAGCAAAAGCAGAAUCAGUCAAACCAAUCGCAAAAUCAGGAUAUAUCGUUAAAGUUUAUGACACGACUGAAGAAAUUUUACUUAAUACAAUGGUUGAAUUUAUUGGAAUUUAUUAUGAUCAUGGUGUUGUUAAAGCUGAUAAUAUUCCAACAAAUGAUGAAAUGGAUCAAGAGCAAAUGCCACCAAUAAAAACUAUUCAUUGUAUUCAAUAUAAAAAAUUAGCUCAUAUUAAUCCACUUUUACAUCAUCAACCAACUAUUGAAUUAGAUCAAAUUUCAAUAUCUCGUCAAUAUAUUCUUUCAUUAUUUGAGUCUAUUUUUCCAAAUGAUAAACUUCUUUGUGAAUAUUUAUUAUUACAUCUUAUUUCACGUACAUAUGUUCGUCAACCAUCAUCAGCUUAUGGUAAAUUAUCAUUAAAUCUAUCUCAUAUAUCAACUGAACAAUUCAAUUCACUUGAACAAUUACUUCAAACAAUUUUAUCACUUCAUUCAAGUCUUUCUAUUACAAUUAGUAAAUUAAAUGCAAUGCAAUUAAUGCCAAAUAAAAAUGUUACGAAAGAAGAUGACAAUGAAAAUCAAUUAAUGCAAACACCAUUACAACUUCCAUUUAAUUCACAUUUACUCAUCGAUGAAACUAAAAUGGAAUGUGGACAAUUAACAACACUUGGUCUCAAUAAUAUAAAACUACUUCAAGAACUUCUUCGUCAACAAACAUUAAAAUAUGAAUUUCAUAUUUAUCAACUUGAUUAUGAAUGUGAUAUACGAUGUUUAGUUAUUUCAUCGACCAAAUCAAUUUUACCCUGUGAUGUUUAUGUUCGUUAUGAAUCUGAACAAGAAAUAAAUCAAAUAACAUUUCCACAUUUUACAAAAGAACAAAUCGAUCAUAUACGUCGAUAUUUAACAUAUAUUAGUCAACAACUUGAACUUGAUCAAACAAUUAAUGAUACAUCGUCAGAUAUAAAUACAUAUAUACAAGAAGAUUUUGUUAAUAUGCGUAAACAAAAAUUAUUAACAAAUCUUGAUGAUUUUCAUUUAUUACUUGUACUUGCUAGAUUAGAAACUUUAUCUCAUGGUGAAAAUAUUUUAACACAAACUCAUUGGAAUCAGGCUAAAAGUCUUGAAUUUACACGACGUCAACGUAUGAAUAUCUAG